AUGAUUACCGCCGUGGCAGCAGAGGCGGCAUCCUCAGUCGGCUCCAACAUCUUCGCCGUCCUCUCUCUCCUGGCGAUUGCUCUCCUGGCGCUACUCGUCAUCCGGCACUACCUGCCCCUCCGAUCCACGCCCUCAUACCUCCUCGUGCCCGUCUUCUUGGCUCUUGCGCUGCCUUCGAGCAUCAUCGUCCUCGUUCCCAUCGAUCUCGCCUCUACCCAAGGAAACCAUGGCGUAUGGCUCCCCAAAAGAGUAAUCCUGGUCACGUGGAGGAUAACGUACUGGCUCACUUUCUGCCUCACCUGGUUCAUUCUCCCUCUGCUGGGCGAGUACUGUGAUGCGGGAUUCAGGGACACCAAGAGCCGCAUGAUGUACUCAUUUCGCACGAAUCUCCGAUAUCAAUUGAUUAUGCUGGCAACGGGUAUUGUGUGCCUCGUGUAUAUCGUCCUCCAAAAUGGCUUCCGCGCAGACAGUAUUAAAGGUCUGGUCAUGGCUCUAGCAUAUGCUUGGGGUUUGAUCCUGGCCAUCGGACUCAUGGGACAUGGCUUGGUCGCACUACCGCGCCGCGUGUAUCUUAACGCCAGCGUCAGUGGACGUCUGAAAAGGCUACAGGCCAACGCCCCGAAGAUCAAAGACUCCCUAGACGAAGCAACGGACAAGCUUGACGAACUGGAGCGGACUGUUUUGCAGCUAAAGAGGCAUAAAGGCGGCUCUUCACGCGCACAGGGGGAAUGGAUCGACGAGCUUGCCGAGACCUCAACUCUACCAGAAUCAAGGCCCGGCAUGACCGCCGCCAUCCAUGCUACAAAUCCUAGCAUUCCUGCGGUGGUGACGGAUCGUUAUUUGGCAGAUCUCACGCGCAAGCUUAAAAGAGCUCGACACCGGAAGGCUCGCUUUGUUAACGAAUGGACUGAUUUAUGUCAACGCGCACGGGAUACCCAGGAAAUUCUUGAUUCCGCAUCUUCAAAGCAGCUGGAUUUUGGCAGAAGACGUCCGGGCGAUGGGUCCUUGUUUGGACGCAUGACGGUUCUGACUCCAACAAUGCGCUACCACCUACAUAUGAACAUCAUUCCGUAUUUGCGCAUGGCUCUAGCCGGGAUUCUCGCCAUCGCGUCCGUCUUGAUCGUCUGGAGCGAACUUGUCAAAUCAUUCGCGCCCAAGCUUUCAGUCAUCGGUCUCACCGUCCUACAUCAUUCGGAUGCCGAGCGUGGCAGCAAGAUCGACUUCGGUGGCCAGCUUAUAGCAGCAGCGUGGCUACUUUACAUGGAUACUAGCGCUCUCUACGCUAUUAGCGAUGUGAAGGUCUGGGGCAACCGGGCACUGGUGAGGCGUCAAACGUACGCAGAGAGUGCGUGCUGGUAUAGUUUGCAAGUCGCGAAGCUGACGGUACCGCUGUCUUACAACUUCAUCACGAUGAUCCCACCGGAGGUCUACCAGGAAACCAGCUUCUACAAAUUCCUCGGGCAGCUGAUCAACCUGAUCCCUCUAGGCCAGGGCUUCAGCAGAUUUUUCCCUUGCUUCUUACUCAUCCCCAUGCUCGCCACGCUCUUCAACCUGUACGGCAAGGCGAAGAAUGUCUUUGGGUUUGGAGUGUUGGAGGACGAGAGCGAAGGCAAUCCUUCAGGUCGUGGCACUGGCGGCUGGCGAGAAGGCAGAGCCUUGAUCGAGCGCGAACUUCAAUCUGGCGGUGUCGGUGGUGGCGCAAAUGUCGGGCUGUCAAAUAGAGACGCCUCCCUGGACCUCGAACGGGGCAUCUCCACACCGCCAACACAGCGUCCGCGCCCACGAGAGGGACCCUUCCGCGACGAAGGCAUCCAGGACGCCAAUCGCCGGUUCAAUGCCAUCACGAACCAGGAAGAGCCCGAAGAUGACUCGCCGCGCCAUUUCUAUCAAGAUUUCGGGGAGCGCAUACGGAAUACCUUUGACACGGCGGAGCAGCCAGAAUGGAUGAGGAAUAUUGGGAGUGCUUUCAAAACGCCCAAAUGGAUGCAGAGUGAUCAACGAGAUGACGCGGGAGGCUCUGUGUUAUCUAGAUGGUUGGGUGGCCGGCCCGAAGAUGGCAGGGUCAGGCUGUAA